GUUUGCUCUUGUGAAGAUCAAGCACAUCAACGCAAGAGAAAAGGCAAAACACCGAAAACUUCGGAAGUUACUUCUUUUGGGCGGGAACGCGCAACUCUCUUCUCGGUCAGCGUUUCACCGAGAUCAACGUUCAAUUCAAACAGGAAUUAGGGUUCCUGGGAGAGUGGUCAAUGCUGUAGAGGAGAGGAAGAAUGGCGGGCGAUGGCGUAGACGACAUGGGCGCCAGGGGGAUGGGGCGGCGGGGCAUCCUCGCCGCUCUCUCCUACAUGGCUUGCGCAGUUUUGCUCGUCAUGUUUAACAAGGCUGCGCUCUCAACUUACAGCUUUCCCUGUGCUAACGUGAUCACACUUCUUCAGAUCAUCUGCUCGAUCUGCCUACUUUACACUCUGCGAUACUGGAACUGGAUCACGUUUGAGAAUGAGCCACUGGAAAUUAUUCUCGGGAAGGAAGGGUCGACCAGCAAGAGGCUUUUGGUUCCCAUGAGAACUUUCAAGCGGACUCUACCACUGUCAUUCUCGUAUCUAAUGUACAUGGUGAUUGGAAUGGCGUCACUCAGAGGAGUGAGCGUGCCAAUGUACACAACGCUCCGGCGAACGACAGUCUUGUUCACAAUGGCAAUGGAGUACGCCAUCAUGGGACAGAGGCAUUCGAGAGAAGUGAUUUGCAGCGUGGGAGUUAUAGUCUUUGGAGCGUUUCUAGCUGGAGCCAGAGACUUCUCCUUUGAUACCGCCGGCUAUUCUUUGGUUGUCAUCUCCAACGUAACAACGGCAAUCUACCUAGCGGUGAUUGCUCGCCUCGGGAAGGUCACAGGACUAAACAGCUUUGGCCUCAUGUGGUGUAAUAGCUUAGUUUGUUUACCAAUACUGCUAGUCUGGACAUGGCUGACGGGAGAGCUUCACUCAGCAACAGAUUUUCCAGCUUUAUACGAGCACGGAUUCCAGGCUGUGCUAGUUUUAUCAUGUAUUCUAGCCUUCAUUUUUAACUACACAAUUUUCCUCAACACGUCUCUAAACUCGCCAUUGACGCAAACAAUGUGCGGAAACAUCAAGGACCUCGGCACUAUUUUUCUGGGAUGGCUGCUUUUUGGAGGCCUGCCGUUUGACUGGCUAAACGUUUUGGGCCAAGCUCUGGGAUUUUUGGGUUCUGGAUUCUACGCUUACUGCAAGCUGCAUGGAAAGUAAGCAAGGCAAGAAGAUCUUUCUUUCUUCGUUGUGUAUACAGGCGAGAUUCAGAGUUUCGCAAUGGGGGACAAAGAAGCCCUUUUGUGAGAGCGUUUGACAAUCGACUUUACAUUAUAUAGAGUCUGACACAAAUCCAAGCUCCAAUUUUUUUU